AUGGAUCACGUCAAUCAUACCUGGAUCCAGAGUUUUAUCCUUGCUGGUUUCACUACCACUGGGACCCUACAACCUCUUGCCUUCUUGGGGACCCUGUGCAUCUAUCUCCUCACUCUUGCAGGGAACAUUCUCAUCAUUGUCCUGGUACAGUUAGAUUCUGGGUUGUCCACGCCCAUGUACUUCUUUAUCAGUGUCCUCUCUUUUGUAGAGAUGUGGUAUGUCAGCACCACAGUGCCCACACUGCUGCAUACCUUGCUCCGUGGGUGUUCACCCAUCUUACCAGCUGUAUGCUUUAUUCAGCUGUAUGUCUUUCAUUCCUUAGGCAUGACCGAGUGCCACCUGUUGGGUGUCAUGGCACUGGAUCGCUACCUUGCCAUCUGCCACCCACUCCACUACCAUGGACUUAUGAGCAGACAGGUACAGUUACGACUAGCUGGAGCCACUUGGGUGGCUGGCUUCUCAGCUGCACUUGUGCCAGCCACCCUCACUGCCACUCUACCCUUCUGCUUGAAAGAGGUGGCCCAUUACUUUUGUGACUUGGCACCACUGAUGUGGUUGGCAUGUGUGGACACAAGCUGGCAUGCUAGGGCCCAUGGCACAGUGAUUGGUGUGGCCACUGGUUGCAACUUUGUGGUCAUUUUGGGGCUCUAUGGAGGUAUCCUGAAUGCUGUGCUGAAGCUACCCUCAGCUGCCAGUCGUGCCAAGGCCUUCUCUACUUGUUCCUCCCACGUGACUGUGGUGGCACUAUUCUAUGCUUCUGCCUUCACAGUAUAUGUGGGCUCACCUGGAAGUCGACCUGAGGGCACAGAGAAGCUUAUUGCCUUGGUGUAUGCCCUUGUUACCCCUUUCCUCAAUCCUAUCAUCUAUAGCCUUCGCAACAAGGAGGUGAAGGAGGCUUUUAGCAGGGUCAUUGACAGGAUUAGAACAUUUUAA